AUGUUCAAUUUAUCCGCUCUUGUCAUUAGAAUGACGAUGACCGAGGAUCGACUCUUUGCGACGAUUGCUCAACCGAUCUCCGUCAUGAAUAUUCUAUUGAACAUUUUGCUCAUUGUGGUGAUUCGAUUGAAAUCGGGAAAAGAGAUGAGUGCAUAUAAACAUAUACUAACUCUGCAGACACUAUUGUCACUGGGAUUCGCCUCACUGCAAGCUGUCUCAUUGCCGUACUGGAUCUCCGUCCCAGGCGCCUUUGUGCUGAUGCCAACCGGAAUACUUCGUGACACACCCUACGGAGCCUGGGUCUGUUAUGUACUGUGUGGACUCUGUGGAGAAGUGAAUGUGAUGUUGGCAACGACUUUCCUUUUCAAUUACAUCAAUAUGUGCAAG